UCACCCGUUGUUUGUGACAGUGGCAGUUGUCUUGUUCCAACUUUAAUUAGUUAACAAUUAUCUAAUUAACUCUUCCAACAUAUUUACUACCAUGGCUGUUUAUUUUCUCAAAAUUUCGUGAGAAUGUGGCCUAACCAAAAGUGUUAAGUUUUGGAUGUUAUUUGGAUUAAAGCUAAAAUAAGUCAACAAGCCCCCCCUCCUCUCUCCGUCUUGUAAUUGAAACACACACUCCAUACACGAGCGAUAAGCUUUUUUGCAUUGAAAAGUUGCAAGUGGUGUGUAUCUUGCUGACUGUUUCGACACCAUGGUACUCUCCCAAAGACAGCGUGAGGAACUGAACAAAGCAGUUGCGGAUUAUCUUAGUGCCAAUGGAUACCUGAACUCUUUAGAUGCAUUCCAAAAGGAGACAGAAAUGCCAGGAGAGAUUGACAAGAAAUAUGCUGGGUUACUUGAGAAGAAGUGGACCUCAGUCAUCCGACUACAGAAAAAGGUGAUGGACCUUGAAUCAAAAUUAGUUGAAGCGGAGAAAGAGGUGAAUGCCGGAGCCCCGACUCGUGGCAACAGAAGUCCUACAGAAUGGAUCCUUAGACCCCCCCCCCUUGGAACGAUUGACCUUGGUAAUGAAGUCUGUUUUGAAACGUUCAUCUAUACAUCUUCUGUUUCUCUACCCAGUGUUUGA